AUGAAAAAAAAUAUACAUAAUAUAAGAAAUAUACUUAAUAAAACAAAAUUAAGUAAAUUGUACAGUACGGAAAAUUUAAAAUUAAAAGAAAAUAAAAACUUAGAGAAAAUAUAUAAUGGGGAAAAACUAAAUUUUAAUAAAGUACCCUUUAAGAAAGAGAAAAUAGAAGAUAUAAUUAAAGAAGUUAAAUUUGACUAUUAUUAUUUUAAUGAAGAAAAAAAAAAUAAAUAUAAAGAUAUUCCAUUGAAUAUAGCUGUAAUAAAGGAAUCUGAUUUACCUCCUUAUAAAGAAGUUGAUGAAAAAUUACAUUUUUCAAUUUUAGAAAAUGACUUAAAAAUAAUUUCUACAAAUAAAAAUAAUAGCGUAUGCUCAAUAGGUUUAUAUGUAAAAUGUGGUUCUAGAUAUGAAGAAAUAAAUGAAAAAGUAAAUGAGCAAGGAAUGAGUGUAAUGAUAGAAAAUAUGGCAUUCCAUAGUACUGCUCAUUUAUCUCAUUUAAGAACAAUAAAAUCUUUAGAAAAAAUAGGAGCCACUGUAAGUUGUAAUGCAUUUCGUGAGCAUAUUGUUUAUUCAUGUGAAUGUUUAAAAGAAUAUUUACCAAUAGUAAUAAAUUUAUUAAUUGGCAAUGUAUUGUUUCCUCGAUUCUUAUCAUGGGAAAUGAAAAAUAAUGUAAACCGUUUAAAUUUAUUACGUGAAAAACUAUUUGAGAAUAAUGAAUUAUAUAUAACAGAAUUAUUACAUAAUACAGCUUGGUAUAACAAUACUUUAGGUAAUAAAUUAUAUGUGUGCGAAUCAAGUAUUGAAAAUUAUACUUCUGAAAAUUUACGAAAUUUUAUGCUUAAACAUUUUUCACCAAAAAAUAUGGCAUUAGUUGGUGUGAAUGUAGAUCAUGACGAAUUAACUAAGUGGACUGCAAGAGCUUUUCAAGAUUAUGUUUCUAUACCCUUUACAAAUCAAAAAGAAGUUACACCAAAAUAUACUGGUGGUUUUGUAAGUGUUGAAGAUAAAAAUGUAAAAAAAACAAAUAUUGCAAUUGCUUAUGAAACAAAAGGGGGAUGGAAAAGUUCUGAUAUGAUUACUUUAACGGUGUUACAAACAUUAAUGGGAGGAGGAGGAUCUUUUUCUACAGGUGGUCCAGGAAAAGGAAUGUAUUCAAGAUUAUUUUUGAAUGUUUUAAAUAAUUAUAAUUUUAUAGAAUCUUGUAUGGCAUUUAGUACACAACAUACAGAUACAGGUUUAUUUGGAUUAUAUUUUACAGGGGAACCUACAAAUACAGUUGAUAUAAUAAAUGCAAUGGCAUUAGAAUUUCAUAAAAUGAAUAAAGUAACUGAAGAAGAAUUAAAUAGAGCUAAAAAAAGUUUAAAAAGUUUUAUGUGGAUGAGUUUAGAAUAUAAAUCUAUUUUAAUGGAAGAUUUAGCUAGACAAAUGAUGAUCUUAAACAGAAUUCUUUCUGGUAAACAAUUAUGUGAUGCUAUUGAUGCUAUUACUAAAGAAGAUAUAUAUAAAGUUGUAAAUAAAUUUUUAAAAUCCAAACCAACUGUUGUUGUUUAUGGAAAUAUUAAUCAUUCACCUCAUUAUGAUGAAAUAUGCAAAAUUUUAGCUUAA